AUGGCAUCAUCAAUGUAUUUAUUCUCUGUUCUUAUGAUCUCAUUGAUUGCUCUUACUAUCAAUUUAACCCAUUGUUCACCAGCUAAUACGAAAAUAUCUGAUGCUAUUGAGCAUAAAAUAACUGCUGAAAAAAUUAAAUCAAACAAUAAUGAUCAGAAAGAUUCAUCAAAAGCAAAAUUAUCUGUUGAAAAGGCCUCUAUCAAUAAACGUGCAUACCCAACAGAAGGUAUCCUACUUGGCAAACGUGGAUAUCCAACAGAAGGUAUUUUACUUGGAAAACGUGGAUAUCCAACUGAAGGCAUCUUACUUGGUAAACGUGGCUAUCCAACUGAAGGAAUUCUUUUAGGUAAACGAAAUACUCGUUUGUCUGAAUCAGAAUCAUCUGAAAUGGCUGAUCAUUAA